AUGGAACCCAGGGAUGAAGCCCCGGGCAUACCAUCUGUCGCGCCGGAUGUCAUGUGCCUAGAUGGCCACCUAUUCCACAUCAACUACGAUGUUCCAGAGAAGAUUACCCAGCAACUGGAGGAACUAUACGACCGGGAUGCAAAGUAUGAGGAGAUCCCGGAGCACCUGAAAGCAUACGAAACCGAAAUGGAAGACUCGGAUGUGGAAGAGGCAAAAGAGCUAGCACGGCUGUCGGAAAAUCCUCCAAACAAUGAGGGAUCGGAGCUGUAA